UAUGGCACGUCGUGUCUACCUCUCUGCCAAGGGCUGAAACCAUCCCUCGCUUUCGACUUCUUCAGUUUAUAAUCACACCUGAAGUGGACAUUCAGUCAUUUCACCUGUUCAGACUCAUUUCAGACAGGUUUCCAUUGUGUUUUUAAGCCCCAGCUCUGUUAGCGGCAGCGUGUGUGUGAGGGAAGGAGCGUGUGGACUAUGCUCACUUCAGUCAACUGAAGGAGGGGGAGUGGAGGAAUUGAUACUGUGGAGAGAGAACUCCACGACGGGGAACUGAUCGUACAGGACAAAUCUAAAGAUGCAAAGAGCCAUCACAGCAUCCGUGACCCAGUCCACAACCACACAGAGCACCACAGUCGUCACCAAGUCUAGAGAACAAAUCCUCACGCAGAGCUCAGGAGCCAUGAUAGCUGUAAUUGUCAUUGGUAUAAUCAUCAUUCUCACAUUUUUGCUGAUAGUCCUCAAGACGUACAACAGGAGGACUCAUGCGAACAGGAUGCUGGCUGUAGGCUCGGCCAAACCACGAAAGAAGGUGUCCUCUACCACAAACACAAACCUGGCCAUGAGCAACGUGGGUGCGAGCUCAGUCUCUGGAAGCUUUGUGCCGUCUAACGCGUCCUCAGAGAACGGGUACCGCAUUCCUCGGGUGGACCUGGCAAACGUGGAUCGGAAUAAUGGGGAGCAUUUCAGCAACAACAGCGGCUCAACUAUUGUGACGUUACAUGACAUGCCAUCAGUAGAUAACACAUAGCAGACAUUAUCUGGACUCACACGUGCAAAGAUACUAACAUACCAACAUGAACAAAGAACCAGUAGAAGAGGCCCGGUCAUAUCUGAGCACCCACCAUUAACCGAACAUUCACUGCCCGUUUGGGAUUUUAUGGAACUUUGAUAAAAGUCCACUUUAAAAAAAAACUGUAUAUGAUAUUGAAGAACCAGAGGAACACUUCAGAGGAGUGACAUGAUUAUAGUUUUAUUUUUAGCACUGGAUUUGGUGAUGAAAUGUAGGGUAAAACAUAUUUUACUGCCUUGAGCUGAAAACUGUUCUUCUUAAAAAUGGAAUUGGUGGGAGCCAGAAUUCAGUUAGAGAUGUUAAGGAUGCCCGUCAAUUUAACUUGUGCAUUACCAUGACAUUUGCACUCUUAAUAGUGAGGUCUGUCAGAAAAGAUUGGUCAAACAAUAUACUCUGUAUAUAUUUUACAAUUAUGCAUUUGACAGAUGCUGAUUCAUUAAAAGUAUAGAUUUUGUUUAUA